CGAGCGCACUGGGCCCCGCCCACCGCUGAGCCGGAUCCUAUGCCUGUCACUCCUGCCAACAGCAAACCACAGCCCACAGCUAGCGUUUCUAGCUAAAAAGUUUGUGUGUCUUCCAGGCUGUCAUGGCAGCAGUUGGAUCCCCGGGGCCAAAGGUCCCUGAAUGUGUGACCAAAGUGGCACUGAGCAUUUCGUGUGAGAAUCUGCUCGACAUGGAUGCAUUCUCAAAGUCUGACCCUCUGUGUGUGCUUCUCAUGAACACAUCCGGGCCUCACUGGUGUGAGAUUGGCCGGACAGAGAAAAUCAUGAACUGCUUAAAUCCAAAGUUUUCCAAGAGUUUUAUCGUCGACUACUACUUUGAGAUGGUGCAGAAGCUGAGGUUUGAAAUUUACGACAUUGACAGCGAAAACGGCAGUAUGCGAGAUGCCGACUUCCUGGGAGAACUGGAGUGCACCUUGGGACAGGUUGUAUCCUCAAGGAAAUUAACAAGACCACUUGUCCAUAAGGACAAGAGACCUGCAGGGAAAGGAACCAUCACUGUGUGUGCUGAAGAACGAACAGACAACAGGGUGGUGGAUUUUGAAGCUGCAGGUAGAAAGCUGGACAAAAAGGAUUUCUUUGGGAAAUCCGACCCUUUCCUGGAAUUCCAUAAACAGACGGAAACUGGAUGGCAGCUCGCUCACAGGACAGAGGUGGUGAAAAACACCUUGAACCCAACAUGGAGACCAUUCCGAAUCCCGCUUCAGGCCCUCUGUGGAGGCGAUGUGGAGAGACCUAUAAAGGUAGAUUGCUAUGACUACAACAGCAGCGGUUCUCACGACUUUAUAGGAUGUUUUGAGACAACGCUCGCCCAAAUUCAGCAGGGAUCACAAACAUAUGCGGCCGAGUUUGAAUGCAUCAACAGUCAGAAGAAACAGAAGAAGAAAGGAUACAAAAACUCUGGUGUUAUCGUUGUAAAGAAAUGCAAGAUAGUGAAGGAGUACACCUUUCUGGAUUACAUAAUGGGCGGCUGCCAGAUUAACUUCACUAUUGCGAUUGACUUCACAGGCUCCAACGGGAAUCCCAGCACCCCUCAGUCCCUCCAUUACAUCAACCCGCAGGGCUAUAAUGAAUACCUGGCAGCUAUCUGGGCAGUCGGUAAUGUCAUCCAGGACUACGACAGUGACAAGAUGUUCCCAGCUUUCGGAUUUGGAGCCCAGAUUCCUCCUUCGUGGCAGGUCAGCCAUGAGUUUCCCAUCAACUUCAACCCAUCAAACCCAUUCUGUGCAGGUAUAGAGGGUGUGGUCCAAGCCUAUCAGUAUUGUCUGCCCCAGGUGAAGCUUUACGGUCCCACAAACUUUUCCCCAAUCAUCAACCAUGUUGCCGAAUUUGGCAAGCAGGCCAUGCAGCAGGAAACUGCCUCUCAAUACUUUGUCCUGCUGAUCAUCACUGACGGAGUGAUCACAGACAUGGAUCAGACUCUCAGAGCCGUCGUCAAUGCCUCUCGUCUGCCCAUGUCCAUCAUCAUUGUCGGAGUAGGCGGGGCGGACUUCAGUGCCAUGGAGAUCCUCGAUGGAGACGAUGGAGUUUUACGCUGUCCAACAGGCGAGACUGCCAUGAGGGACAUCGUGCAGUUUGUGCCGUUCAGACAGUUCAAAAAUGCAAGCACUGCAGCCCUUGCCCAAAGUGUACUGGCAGAGUUGCCUGACCAAGUGGCCUCCUUCUUCAAUAUAUUUGACCUGAAGCCCCCCAGCGAGCCCACUCCCUCGUAGAAAUGCUCCUCAGGAACUGCUGGCUCAGAGCGUCUUGGCAGAAGUCCCGGGUCAGGUGUUGAGUUUCUUCAACGCCAGGGGAUUGAGACCACCUCAAGGAGACACACCUCUCCCUGACCCCUCAGCAUCAGCACCCCCCCUGUGAUGUAUUCUCAAUAUACUACAUGAGCAUGCACCAGCAUGUCUGGGUAUGAUUUGUAAAUACUUGUAUACACCAAUAAUAUAAAGCCAUUGUACACAGAUCUGGUAUACCAUUUCUUUAGUUUUUUAGCAUGUUCUUAAUGAAGAUUUGUAUUUAAUGUACUUACGCAAGACUUUAUGUGACACAUGUGCCAUUAUGUUUAAGAUUUAAAGUCAUUUCUUAGUUGGUUGUUCUGCACCAUCAUUAGGGUAUUCAUUGAAACUUGUGUGACUUGACUGAAGGUCUUUGGUUUUUGUGCAAAAACCAAGUCAGAUUUUACCAGUUAUCUCAUUAGUCCACAUAACAGGUAGAACGUCUACAUAAAAGGGCUGGAGUAACGAAUGUGUUCUGCAUGUUCCUACUAAUAUUUCUUUCAUGAUUUCCAUAUUACAAUGACCACUUGCUCGUUGAAGCUUACACUUUCAUGUUUACCUGGGGAAUUAAGCGUAUUUCAAUUGAAUGUUGCACAAAGCUAUACUAUUAACGCAAUGCAAUGAUGUUUACACGAUUGAUCCAUACAUAAUGGACUAAUAUGUUUGCUUAAAUUGAAACUUUUUGUACCCUUUCCACAAAAAAAAACCUGUCUUUGCUACUGUUUUGUUCUUCAUUCGCUUUUCUUUUUCAAAAUCAGUUCAAUAUUUGAUUUGACAUAAUAUAAGGUGAUGUGAAUGUUAAUCAAGAAGAAUCCCUAUAAGUGAUUCAAUCAUUAGAAAAAGUUUAAUUUGGUCAAAUGUAUGUUCACACUGAUUUACUCCGGAAGUUCACCAUGUCUUAACUUAACUGACUAUUAUAAAUAAUCCCUAAUUUCACUUAACGUAUGUGUGUAUUUGAUACUGACUGAUAUUUUAUAUGUGUUACAUAUUUUACUUGUCUUUGUCAGGGACUUUGAUUUUCUAAGAUUUUGUGUAAAUGUUAUUUGAAAAGCAUGAACACGAAUCAAAUCUGUAUAACAGAUCUUAUCUUGUGUAAAUUUGACAAUUUUAACGUUUUUGUGUUUUCUACUGUCUUCAUGUCAUGACUUAAAAUAAAUAUUAUAUUUUCACUAA